GGUCGGUCGCGCGGCCGUUUCCGUUGCGCGCCAGGGGAGCGAGCGGCGCCCGCCCGGCCGCUGGGGGGCGCUGCGGCGGCGGCGGCGGCGCGGGGCGGAUCCCGAGUUUUGGCGGUCGGUCCGUCUGUCCGCCGGCGCUCCUGCUGCGCCUGGGAGCCUCUCUCCCUCCUGUUUGGACAAAAAGGCCGUCGCCGGCUUCCAGCCGCUAGCCGUCGCCGAGCUGCGCGGCGGAGCGUGGCCGAUGCUGCCCGAGCGGGGCUGAUGGUGCUGCCGGGCCGAGUGCUCUUCCUGGAUGAUGGAAGACUUCAGGAAUAUCGCCGACGAGACGUUCCCGAGCUACCUGAGCCAUUCCUUGAACAGCAGCGCGAGUGUGCUCUUUGAGAAUGUCACCGUCUCCUCCAACCCAGGGUUACCUGUGGCGGCCUCCACUGUUGCCAGGAGCCAAGAGGGUGGUGACAACAGGCUUCGUGAUGAUUGUGCAUCCUAUUUGGAAGGAAAACAUUCACCUUUAUCAGGAUCUUCUCACAGCAGCCAGUCACAUCCUGAGCCAGUGGAAAGAUUUGCCCUCUGCUUUCGUGAUGACAUGGAAAUUGCUACACAAAUUGAAGAGCCUCAGCUGCCUUGUGUUAAUUUGAAAGAAUCCCACUCAAUAUAUGGAGAGCAACCUCAGAAUGUCAUUGAACAUUCAAAUCGCAGUCAAAGUACCUUACGUGAAGUUUUGCCUCUUGAACAAUUGGAAGAUUUGCCAACUGGAAUGUGUUUUCUCCCAGACAUUAAGAACAGCAAGGCUGGUCCAUCUGAACCUUCUGAAAAGCUGAUGGAAGGUGCCAUCUCAAGUGUUCAUCUUAGCAAUAGCCUUUCAAGUUUUUUGGAGAAUGAGAAACUCUCAUCUUUUCUAAGCACAGAUGAAGAUUCCACUGGUGAUGAUAUUGAUGAUGAAGAAUUUGAUAGCAAACUAGAAGCAUAUUUUGAGCAGCUGAUACAACCAGAAAUAAGAAGAGACACCAACCUGCAAAACCUCUCAGAAUGCUGUGCAGCACUGAAGCUUUCUGAAAAUGUCUUACUACAAGAGAACUUUAAGGAUUCUGCUGGGUAUGGGGCUGUGACUGGAAGAGACUCUGGAAGUACUAGUGAUGAAGAUUCACAAAAUGAAGGGAUAACUGGAUGUCCUGUGCAAAGAGAAGUGCUGCCCAGAGCAGUGCAGCAAAUGAAUUCCAUGGCUGCUGGGGAUGUGCUGGAUUCCCGCAAAUCUGCUGAGUUGCGAUUAGAUUCCCUGUAUCUCCAGUGCAUGGACAGCCAUAAGGCUGAUGUCUCACGUGUCCUUCCAAAGCAAGAAGAGGAGUCCUCUGUCUGUAAGGCUGCUUCUUCUGAUGCAGAAGUGCUACACACAGCAAGAGGAUUUUUGGGAUGUGACACCACUCCUGAGGUUCUUAGUGCAAAUACACCUCAGGCAGAUGCAACUCAAUGUAAAGCUGGUCUUCCUGAUACUUACCUGUCUCCAGCUGGGGACAGCUGUGAGAACUUAAGUUUAGCUACAACAGACAAAGGUGAUUUACCACACAGCAUUGUCUAUCAAAAUGAGGAGGGCAAAUGGGUGACUGAUCUUGCAUAUUAUACUGCAUUUGAUGAAGAACAAGAUUUAAAUAUGUCUGAAGAUGAUAAAAGAAAUGAGGAGUUCAUUACUGGCUCUGAAGCAGCAGCUAUGAUUGCACAAGACCAGGAAGAAUUUGAGAAAGCACACAGGCUUAUGCAGGCAGGAAAGGUAGGCAGUCCAAAUGCAUCUGAAUUAGCAAAUACUUCAUGGAAAUCUGCUAAUAGCUUCAUUCUGCCAAGAACGUCUGAUCUUCAUAAAGAUGCCAGCUAUUUACGUUUGUCUUUGGGGGAGUUCUUUGGUCAGAGAUCUGAAGCUCUUGGAUGUCUCGGUGGAGGCAGUGAUGUGAAACGGCCAUCUUUUGGUUACUUUAUUACGUCCCCGAAGAAAAGACAGCCUGUUCCUUUGCUGAUGAGAUCUGAUUCAUCAGGAGGGGACAUCGGCCAAGAGAUUUCACAGUUGUCUGAGGUGUUUUCAGAUGACUUAGAAGCACAAACAAAAAAACAUGCAAAUUUUACCAGCUCUGAAGAUUCAGGGCAUAAGGUGGAUACUGCUGCUGGAAUACAUGAAAAUAUUAAUACAGAAGCUGCUACCAAAAGUAAAGCAAAGGAUGGAAUUCAUAAAGGCAAGUUUGAGGAUAGCUUGUCUAAUCAUUCUGACUCUGUCUUGAGUAUCAGCACAAUUGCAAAUGCUAUUGCUAAUGCUUCCUCCAGUGCUGAACCCUCCCAGCUAGCUGCUAUGAUGAUGGCACUUUCCAAUAAAAGUAAGAGAACACGUGUCCUUCCUGGAGCUGUUAAAGAGGCUGAACUCUCUGCUAAUGAGGCAUUAUCCAGCAAUGAGGAGAAUAGUGCAUUUGAUAUGGAAAAAUACCUCAAAAAAACAGACGAGAAUGGAUGUGAAAGUGAAUAUGAGAGUGUCAUGAAACAUGAAGCAUCUGUCCCGAACCUUACAUCUGAUACCUUUUUACUGGGUAAAGAUAAACAUAAGGAUGCUUUUGCAGAAUACUGGAUGAAUAAUUAUAGCAAACAGCAAGGAAUAGAGAAGCGAUUGCUUGAUUAUCUUAAUGAAGAAGGUGACAGUCAGAAUUUUUCUAGUCUGUCUGAUGUUCCCAGCCGCGGAGAUGUAGGUGCAGAUAAUGUUCGAUGUUCAGAAAAGUUGUCAGAUUUGGUAAAUGGUAAACAUUUACAGUCAAUGGAUGCUGAUAUUAGACCAGAGACACUUAAUGGAAAUGAAGCCCAUACAUGUGGAAUUCUCUCAGCAGCAAAAAUAGAAGUGGCACAGCGAAAUCUGCUUGCUUGCAAGAACAGCAAUCUCACUAAUGCAUGUAGUAUAGGGGAAGAUAGAGAAACGGUAUAUCAAACAGCAAAUGCUGUUCCUGAAAUGCCUAAUGAUUUGGUGGAGGGAAGUGCAGGAAAUACUCUGUCCCUCAGCAACUUAAAAUCUGCCAAGCAAUCUAGUAAAUAUGUCUCAGUAAGUCCUACAACUGCCAAGCCUGUGCAGAAAUUGAACAAUGAUGAGAGGAAGCAAAAUAUAGAGAAGAGAAACAAGGAUGCCAGUACUCCUCAUAGGGGGAAUGCAAAACAUGUAACUUUUGAGAAGCUCUCCCCAACUUUCCAGAAUGCUACUGAGAAUAAACCCAUUCUACCUGAAUGUGACUUAACUCUGGAGGGUGAGCAGUGUAGCUUCAGACCUUCAACUUCACCUCUGAUUCACUCUUCUCCUAGUGAGACUUCUGGAACAGCGUUUUCAGGAUCUGAAGUGGACUUCACUUGCCCAUCCCAUUGUCAGGAAUCUCCUUGCAAAGAGAAUGUGGUACCUCAGUCUGUUUACUCGAGUCCAAGCAUGAGCAGAUUAACCUAUGUUUCUGCAUCUGGCAGUACCUGUAAGAACUCAGCAGUGCUACACAGUCCAGGGACAUACUGGGGUGAAGAUGCUGGUGAACUGAGCACAACAAUAAUUCAGGCCAGCCCGGUUCCUCCGCAGGAGGAUAGAAAAGAACAUCUCGGAGACCGCUCAUGUCAAAGAAAUAGAAAAAAAGCAGUACUUAGUAUUGACCAGGAACAAGGAGAAAAUGAACUUGCUGGUCUUCAAACAAAACCUCAUAAUAUACUGGACCAAGAACUGGCCAAAGAAGGUUUUCUGAGGAUGAAUCAGCUUCCAUUUAUUCCUUCAAAUGUACCAGCAAAUCAUGAAGAGCUAGACCAUGUUAAAUCAGCUUUACCAAGUAAACUCUGCACCUUUCCGCCACUUUCUGUCAACGCUGAUGCACAAGAAGUGUGUCAGGAUCAAACAAACAAAGCACAGAGACAAGGAUUGGCGUCUCGGAAUCUGUUACCUGUUUAUUCUGGAUUAAACACCUGUUUGCCGUGCAAACAAAACUCAUCUGGUGAACAGCAUGUUCAUAUAUCAACUGUUAAAUCCCAUGUCACUACCUCUGAGAGUCAAGCAAUUUCUUCUUCUGUCCCCACCUUGCUUGCAGGACAUUGUCUUGCAACAACUCCAUUUGCGCAACAGCAUCUGGGAACUAAACAACCUGCAGGAAAUGCAGUUCUGUCCCAGUUUCACGGCUGCAGCGCUGCAGGUUUUGGCCUUCCAGCGGGGCUUCCUUGUUCUGGUAUCCCAGCAGGACAUGUUGAGAAUCCACUUAUGUUAGGAAUUCCUUUAGGUCCAAAUAUUGGUCCUGGCUUUUUGGGUGCAGCUUCACUUUAUAAUCCACAGAGUACUUCAUGGAAUAAUAAUAUCUUAAAUAUAAAACCAUGUACUGGACAACCUCUUGGAGCUGGGGGAAGGGAGUGGGAGUUGUCAAAGUCACCUGGUAUUGGACAUAUAAAGGUACCAGAAGAACUGAAGUUCCCUAAUGCCUGUUGUGUGGGAAUUGCAUCUCAGACGGUUCUUAGUAUUUAUAAUCCAACUGACCGAUGGUUGCAGGUCAACAUUGGAAUACUCAGUGUUUCAGUUAAUGGGGAAAGGAUGGAUCCUAUGAAAUAUCAAUGUCUGGUUUUCAAGAACAAAACCAUUGUAGGACCCUACUCUACCAACGACCUGAAAAUACUUUUCUUACCUUCCCGUUCGGGGAUCUUCCAGUGUAUCCUCAAUGUUUCAUCUUGGCCAGUUUCUGCAGAUGCUGAGACAAUCGUUCAGUCAGAAGCUUUGGCAAGCAGGGUAGUUCUGACAGCAGUGGCUGAAAAUCCGAAUUUAGAAGUGGAAACAGGAAAAGGAAAUUGCCUGGAUUUUGGUGACCUGCCUUUUGGCAAUUUGAAGGCUCUUCCCCUAAAACUUAUCAACAAAACCCAUGCUUUUAUGCCAAUUAGACUUAUUAUUAACGCAAAUGCAGUAGCCUGGAGGUGCUUCACCUUUUCCAAGGAACCUGUUAAUACUUCUAAUGAACAAAUGGAUGCAGUUUCUCAGGCAACAGCUCCAUCAGUUGUAAAUCAUGUGAUCCAUGCAAGCUAUGAUGGGCAAGAUCCUGAAGCUUUAACAGUUUGGGUUCUGUUCCAUGCACCUAAGAAACAAAUUUCUUCUUCAGAUUCCUUGGGUCCAGCAGAGGAGUUCCUGGCAAGAGUGGAUGUGGAAGUGGAUAGUCCAGGACCUAGCACUGUAAUUAAAAGUAUUUUUCUCAGAGCAAGAACUGGAACAGCAAGGAUACAUAUUCCCCAGGACUUAGAGAAAAUACAUCUGUCUACUAGUGUGGGUUCAACAGUCAAGCAGCAGCUGCCAUUGGUAAAUACUGGAAACAUUAGUGUACAUUUGAAAGUUAAGACAUCAGGUCAGGACAGCUGCUUUGCUGUUAAACCUGAGGACCUUUUCCUUUUUCCUGGAGAAGAACAAGUAGUCACUGUCCAGUUUUUUCCAGAAAGCACAACAACUACAGAAAGUAUUUUGAAAAUCCUUGUGCUGCCAUCUGGGCCUCAGUUUGAAGUGAUGAUAAAAGGUGAGGUAGAAUCUGGGAAAAACAGACCUGUGUGUACACCUGCUGGGUGCUCAGACAUUCCACCCAUCCUCUCCAACAAGCAGUUCAUUGCCUGGGGAGCAGUAUCACUUGGAUCAUCAGUACAGAAGAAGUUAAUUCUAAGAAAUGACUCUCCGUCUGUGACCCAGCAUUUAAGGUUGUUGAUAAGAGGCCAGGAUCAAGACUCCUUUCAGCUGCAAAGUAUAUUUGGAUCAGAACAACGCUUAACCAGUAAUUGGGAACUCAAAAUGCGUCCCAAAGAAGAUACUAACAUAUACCUGAUCUUUACACCCACUCGAGUAACAUGCUGCUUUGCAAAGCUGGAAAUCAAACAGCUGGGGAUUCGAUCAAAGCCAGGAAUUAAGUUUACUAUACCAUUAUCUGGAUAUGGAGGAACAAGCAAUAUAAUUUUAGAAAACGUUAAAAAACUGUCAGAUAGCUUCAUGGUGACUCUGGAAGGGUCAUUGUCUGCAAGAUUACAGAAAGCUUCCUUCCACGUGAGAAACACAGGUUCCCGGGCCGCCUAUGUUAAAGCACUGUGCUUGGGAAACCUGCAGACAAAAACAGUGAUGGAUCCUCAGGUUAUGACAGUGUCUCCAGAGAAGUUUGUACUAAGAGAAGGAACACAUGAAGUGAUUACUGUUACAUGGAAUCCAACUUCCAUGGAAAAGAACUUCCAUCCAAGCAUGUUGGUGUCGACACUGUGUCUGUUUUGGGGAGAUGAAGUUUCUAGGCAGCAGUAUCGCAGAGCUGUGGUGUAUAAACCUGAGGUAGAAAACCGCAUAAUCCCAGAAAACAACUUAGCGAGAAAUGCUGUGUUUGAUGAAGAGUUUAGAGGGGAGCAGCUUGUGACAGAAGUAUGUGAUAUCCCACGAGAGACGAAUGAUAUCCAUCUUUUCUAUGCAAAUAUGCAAAAGGUUCUCCUUUCUGUGGUCGGAUAUUUCACUUGUGAUCAGGAUGGCUUUCAGCAACCUCUUGGACCCCAAUUGGAAUUGGACAGGUUGGAGAACUUUGUCACACAUACUGCUGCAACUUUGGACGUUCUUCCUGUUAAAGGGCCUCAGGGUACUUCUUUAUCUGCAAAAACUAAUGAUCUAGCUCAGAUUAAAUCAGAUGCUCAACAGACUUGGGCUGUUACACCUGAGUAUUUGACUUUGACAUCUCCUUCUCUUGGUGAAACAGCAGAUACUAGACGUGUACAAAUUCUCAACAAUUCCAAUCGUAUGUUGACAUUUGAACUUUCAUGGCCAGCUCACUGCCUUACUGUAACCCCACAACAUGGAGAUGUUGAACCAGGGGGCGGUACAGUAAUUCUGGUGAGUCCUAAUCCAUCACUUGCCACAAGGCCCACAUUAAUUCCUUGGAGUGGCCUAAUCUAUAUCCAUUGUGAUAAUGGACUAAAGUUUAUUAAAGUGCUUAUUCAAGAGGCUGUCACACAGAGCCUGUCUGGAUCAGACUUUCCAUGUAGAAGAUGUGACAUCAUUACUGCACAGUCUGAAAAUCCCACUGUUGAUGUGCCAAAGCCUCUCCCCAGGUUCCCUCUAGCAGAAAUGGACAUAAAGAACAGAAACAUUGUUUUUCCUAAAACAAGACCUGGUCAAAGCUCAGAGAAUUACCUGGAAAUAGAGAAUAAAGGGAAUGAAAAUCUCAAGUGGAAAUUGUCAUCUUUUGCACCACCCUAUAUUAAAGGUGUGGAUGGAAGUGGCACUGUUUAUAGGGUUCCUUACUCUGCUUUUGGAUUUUCCCAUGUUUCUGGUACUCUCGAAGUUCACGGACAAGAGAAGGUUGCUGUAAUUUUUUCACCUAGAGAUAAAGGAGAUUACUCCCAGUUCUGGGACCUUGAGUAUUACUCAGUUGGAAAUCCGAGUAGGAAACACAAAUUAAAAUUUCAGCUUUCUGGAAAUAGUACUAAAGCAGAAAAUGAAACACCAGUUGUGAAAUCUUCUCCAAGUGCCCUUAAAAAAACUGAGCUUGCAGUUACACCAGAAAGGAAAGCUUACUCUGAAGGACAACCAAAAAGAACAAGACAAAAAGAGGUCAUUCAAGGAGUAUAUGCACCCGAGGACAUCUACGUUUUUCCUCUAACCAGAGUUGGGGAAACAAGCACAUUGAAGGUUCACUUGCGGAAUAACUCCCGUGCAACACACAUACUGAAAUUUGUAAAUCCCAGGGAGCCUUUCUACAUCAAGCACUUGAAAUACUCUCUAAGAUCCUGUCAUUACAUUGCUGUGCCAGUCCAGUUCAAGCCAAAAGCAGAAGGAAUGUUUGAAGAUGUCUUCGUUGUGGUGACAAGCAAAUAUGGCCCCAUUAAUAUUCGGCUAUAUGCUAAAGCUAUUGCAAAAAAAUAGAACAGUUUUUAAACUGUUCAUAAGAAUUUAUAACAGUUAAUAUAAUUUAAAAUACUGAAAGAUUUGCUAUUGCAUUUCCAUACUAAUGUCCUACUUGUUUUGCCCUGUGAUGCUGCUUUGAUGAAAAGUCUUCUGUAAGAUAAAUUAUGGUGCUUGUUUCACAAAUCUGUUUUGAUGAAAACAUUGAGAAAUAACAUUGUAUGUUGUAAAGUUACCAUUUUAUAAUUUAUGUUUCUGCACUUUUAAAGCAAAUGGAAGUUUUGUAUUUUUGAAUUUAUUAGAAAUAGCUAGAUACUGAUAUAUUUUAUUUUAAACAUUGUAAAUUCAGAAAUAAAAUCUAUUUGUAAACAGUUGAUUCUACCUGA